UUCCGACCCGCCAGGCCCCGCGCGGCUCGGAUUCGGUGGCGCUGCUCCGACUAGGAGUGGGUGGGCGAGAAGCCGGACGAGGCUGCUGCAAGAGCUGUUGGAGCUGUCCCUUGGGAGACAUUCCUCGAGGUGCCCAGGCUGAGACUGGGGGGUGAUGGCAGUGUGAGCUCUAGAUGGUGUGAGACCAGCCCAGAGCCAGACAAUGGCCGCAGCCUUGGAACCAGAGGACCAGGAUCUUUGGGAUGAAGAGGGGAUUCUAACGGUGAAAUUGGAAGACGAUUUCACCUGUGGGCCAGAGUCUGUCUUACAGAGGGAUGACCCCGUACUUGAGACCUCGCACCAGAACUUUCGACGCUUUCGCUACCAGGAAGCAGCAAGCCCUCGUGAAGCUCUCAUUCGACUCCGAGAACUUUGUCACCAGUGGCUGAGGCCAGAGAGACGGACGAAGGAGCAAAUCCUGGAGCUGCUCGUGCUGGAGCAGUUCCUCACUGUGCUGCCCGGAGAGCUGCAGAGCUGGGUGCGCGGCCAGCGGCCGGAGAGCGGGGAGGAGGCCGUGACGCUGGUGGAGGGUUUGCAGAAACAGCCCAGGAGACCAAGGCGGUGGGUGACUGUCCAUGUUCACGGCCAGGAAGUCCUGUCAGAGGAAACAGAGCACCCAGGAGCAGAGCCCGAGUCACCUAGUGAGCGGCAGGACCCCGCGCAGACCCAGAGCCCGAGCCCCGAGGAACCCUGUGAGGAGACCACUCGGAGCCCAGCCCUGGGGGCCACAGCUGAGCAGAGCCUGUGCCGUGACCUGGAGCCCCAGCCUCUGCAGGAGAGCGAGGUUCCGGUGCCCCAGGAGCCAGGCCUUCCAGAAGAGAGGAGCCCUGGAAACCCAGAGAUGGCGGCCCUUCUGACUGCCCUGUCACAGGGAUUGGUGACUUUCAAGGACGUGGCUAUAUGCUUCUCCCAGGACCAGUGGAAUGAUCUGGACCCAACACAGAAGGAGUUCUAUGGGGAGUAUGUCUUGGAAGAAGACUGUGGAAUUGUGGUCUCCUUGUCAUUCCCGAUCCCCAGACUAGAGGACAUCUCCCACGGAAGAGAAGAGCCUUUGGUUCCAGAUAUUCCAGAGCCUCAAGAGCCAGAAAUCCUGAGUUUUACCUACACAGGAGACAGGAGUGAAGAUGAGGAAGAGUUUCUUGAGCAAGAUCUGACUUUGGAGGAUGUACACACGUCUGUAUUAGCAGAUCCAGAAGUCCACCAGACUCCAGAUUGGGAAAUAGUCUUUGAGGAUGACCCAGACAGACUUAAUGAAAGAAGAUUUGAUGGAAAUAUUUCUCAAGUUAAUAGUUUGACAAAUCUUCAGGAAGCCAUGCCUCUCCACCCCCUGUUAGGGAGACAUCAUGGUUGUUCUGUAUGUGGGAAAACGUUUACAUGUAACUCCCAUCUUGUUAGACACCUGAGAACUCACACGGGAGAGAAACCCUAUAAAUGCAUGGAGUGUGGAAAGAGUUACACACGGAGCUCUCAUCUUGCCAGGCACCAAAAGGUUCACAAAUUGGGCCCGCCUUAUAAAUUUCCCCUAAACCGGAAGAAUUUGAAUGAGAUGUCCCCUCUGGUCCCAGCUGCAAGAACUCCACCUGUUGAGAAGCCCUAUAGAUGUGAUGAUUGUGGCAAACACUUCCGUUGGACUUCGGACCUUGUGAGGCAUCACAGAACACAUACGGGGGAAAAACCCUUCUUCUGUACUAUUUGUGGCAAAAGCUUCAGCCAGAAGUCUGUGCUAACAACACACCAAAGAAUCCACCUCGGAGGCAAACCCUACUUGUGUGGAGAGUGUGGAGAGGACUUCAGUGACCACAGGCGAUACCUGGCACACCAGAAGACACACGCUACCGAUGAGCUGUAUCUCUGCAGUGAGUGUGGGCGGUGCUUCACCCAUAGUGCCGCAUUCGCCAAGCACCUGAGAGGACAUGCCUCAGUGAGGUCUUGCCGCUGUGAUGAGUGUGGGAAAAGCUUCAGCCGGAGGGACCACCUCGUCAGGCACCAAAGAACACACACUGGUGAGAAGCCAUUCACGUGCCCGACGUGCGGGAAGAGCUUCAGCAGAGGGUAUCACUUAAUCAGGCAUCAGAGGACCCACUCAGACAAGACCUCCUAGCUAGGAGCCCAACUUAGGAGGUCUGUGCUCAGCUCUAGCCCAGGCAUGGGCUUGGGGGAGCCCUCUGGCUAUCCUGGGGAGACCUUUUCCAGGGAGUCUCCCUGACUUGCCCAGAUCAACAUCUUGCAAAGAACAACUCCCACCCCAGGCAGAACCUCUCAACCUCUCCUUGAGAAUCUAUUUUGCCCAAAAUUAUAACCUGAGUUGAGGCCCAUUCCUUGACUGGAGUGUUCUUGCCUCCCUGUAAUGGGUAUGAAGUAGGAGAAUUAGAAGACUUAAGAGUUGUGGCUAUUCUGUUUUUCCCACUAGGCUGUUAGCUACUCUAAAGACUACUCAACAGCCUGAAGUUAAAGCUGCCCAGAACAACCAUUCAGGUUUUGUAAGGGACCAGCCUGUAGGACUCUUGUCCUUCCUGAGCUCGAUUUUAAAGCACACAGCCCUGAACUCGAGGCUGGAUAUUUGUGUCCUGAUGGCUUUGCCACGCAGUCACAGGAUAACUACACAUCUCACUGACUCACCCUCACCACACACUUUCCUUGAUAUUGGGGAGAGUUGGGAGAAGUGUUUGAUGGGCGAAAACCUCAAAGCUGCUUCAUGUGGACCUUGUCAGGGUGCUCCCUUCCCCGUGGUCAGAGUCACACCAAGUGCCAGACACUGCUAGAAAGGAGGACCUAAUUAGAGGCCUCUUUCCCUGUGUGGGGGUUUUUGUUAGAACACUCAUGCUGUCAUUAGCCUUCCUGCUAUUCUGCCAGUCUCUUGGCUUUGUCCCUACCACUUUUCGUACUACAAGUGGGAUGUGGCGUUUGGGUGCUGAGGGAUUUAAUAAAGUGUAAUUAAGUCAAUGAAAGCAUUUACAUUGCCACGUAUGUACCAGCCCACUCACACCACCUUCUUCACAGGGGUGUGUGAGGGAAUUGUGGAAGUGUCAGCUCAUAAGGGCACUACUAAUAGAGAAUCAUGAUUGACUGGGUCACCUCACUUACAUAAAGAAAACCGCAGAUUGAGAUCCAAUGGAAAAGCUAAGAAAAAGCUGUUGCUGCUGGCCAAGGCCAUCAAGACUAUUCUGAUGCCUGACCCUGGUCUCUGAUAUCAGGGAAAGUUAUGAAUCCCAGCACCUGGGACCCUGAAGAAUUUACCAGGAGUAAAUGGCUUUCAUGUAUUUGCCUUGUUUGCUUUUUCUUAUGUUAUUUCAUUUUCAUGUGAUUAAGAACUAAAUAGUAGUAUCAUGGCCCAGGGAUCUCCGUUGCCUGAUAAGGGACCAUAGAAACAAGGCUGAAUAAGUAUGACCAUCACUUGCUUUGACUGUGGGAGUGGCAGGGACUGGGAGACUGUCCUCCAUGGAUGGAGCACAGGGUGUGGGAUGAAAGCAUGAGAAGGGAGAUGCCGUCUGUGUCUGGAUCCUUCCCUCUGCUUCCCAGUGCGUGUGCGCCAGUGUGUACUGGAGGAGUACGGGCAGGGAAGCGAGACCUCAGCCCCAACAGCCCAAGCAAAUUCUCUCUUGGUCAGUGAUGAGAUUUUAAUUGGUUGGGUUUUAAUACCAGUCAGCCACUGUUCUUUAUACACAUGAAAUAAGUAAAAAUAAUGCUGGUAGCCAAGUUCUGUGGUUUCUGAAACUUUGUUUUACCUAUUCACUUUCCAAGGCUUCUAGUUGCUGAUUCUUCUAAACAUCAUUUGUACUCACAAAGAGAUCAGGGAGCGCAGAGUAGUUUUCCAUGAGGACAGAGGAGCUUGGUGUGGUUAGCAGUGCCACAGGUGGAAUAUUGGCGCACAGGUAAGACCUAGGCCUGGAGUUUGCAGGAGACACCUAGCAUGCAGACAUUUCUGAACCAUAGGUCUAGACAAUUCAUUCUGGGUAGAAUGUGGCACCCUCAAAUUCCUACUAUUUAUGUGGAAGUUGAUUAAAUUCUGGCAGUAUGGAAGAGGCUGCCUUUUAAUUCACUGACUUAUCUGCAUGAAGUGCAAUAAACAAAAAUCUGUCCAGAGAAUUCUAUAUAAGGGAAAGUUGGGAGACUGGCCCAGCUGGUUGGGACAUAGAAUAUUAAUUGUAUUGCUGACCCCCUUCAAAAUUUCAUAUGCUAACACUAAAUCUCUGGUCAUUUGUGAAUUACUGUAUUUUCUGAGGGUGCUGGGGGGACACGAUUGCUCCUAAAUCUGAAUGCAAGCCCUGUCUGCAGCAGCAGGGCCAGUGCAAGAUGAAGAACCUGGAGCAAGCAAGUAGCACAACAGCUGAACAUAGGGAGAUGGUGGGGCACACAUUCUUGUCAUUUGUAAGGGGGAAGUUCCUGUAGAAUUUUGUUAUGCAUUGAAUCCUGACGUUCUUGAAUACUACAGUAGUUUCCAAGGAAGAAGAAAGGCAGGAUUGUGAGGAUACUGGGAGGGAAGUAUAAAGUAGUCUAAAUCUAGAGAACUGUUCCAUUGCUGGAAAUGGUGGAACAAUAAGCAAAUAAAGUCACAAAAUUACAACAUUCAAAUAUUUGGACAUUAGUAAUAACCAAAGAAUAUUUAGCCUCUUCUCCAUCCCAAAGUCCCGAGAGAAAUAAAUGGAAAAGGUAAAGGCAAAGUAUGUGUUGUGUUCUUAUUUACCUAGAACUUAGGCUUCAAACUACAGCAGAAUCUAGUAAAUUCUAAUGCACUAGGGAGAA